ACGUAAAAAAUACCAAAACGAGGGUAAAAUAUGAAAGCGUAGGAAAAUUUGUAACGACUGGGAGAAAUGGCAGCCUUACCGUUCUGUUCAGGCCAGUCCACUGCAUUUGGCAGCCAGGAACGGUUAUGUGGAUCUUGUGAGGUUUCUAGUUGAGGAAAAUGUUGACGUAAAUGCAAAAGAUGAGUUUCAGACGACUCCUCUGCAUUGUGCAUCGGCGAAAGGUCACAUAGGUGUCGCCAUGAUUUUGGCAGAACAUGAUGCCGAUAUAGCUAUAGAGAACAAGGAUAAGGUCGAUAUGUGGAGUUUCGGAACGGUAAUAUGGGAACUUCUCGUCAAACAAGAACUUUAUAUCAACUUAUCUUCAUAUCAGCUUGCUCUGAAAGCUCAAGCAGAUACUUUGGCAGCUCCUUUACCGGAUGAUUUACCACCUGAAGUGGAAAAACUAUUAGAGAGCUGUUUUAACACAAAUCCUGCUCAACGACCAACGUUUGAACAAAUUGUGAAAAUCUUUUUUUCUUUGCGAAAUAGUCAGUCUUUUAAACGAAUUGGUGACGACGAGUGGGACCAGUUAGUCUCUUCCUGGAAUUCAUUUGCAAAAAAAAUGAUGAAAGAAGAGAAAGAAAAAAUGGAUGAAAUGGUGAAACAAGAAAGUGUAAAUGAUACAACUUCCGAUACCUAUAACACUUUAAUAAAUUUUAUAAUAGCAAUACUAACUGCCUGUAUUCAGGAAGACGAUAACGAUGGCUGUAGUAGCGACGGCACAUUUUACGUGGACUAA